AUCAUUGAAUUGAGUAUAUAUGUACUGUAAUGCCCAUUUGCGUGCAAGAAGUAUCAAAACAAAGAAAAUUAAGGAAGGAGCAUGCGCAGUUCUGCCAAACCCAGAGCUAUACCCACCUUUGACCUUCAGUAACAGCUGGUGGUUGAAUUCAAUUGAUAAAUAUAGUAUAUGUAUAUCUUAUCAUCUUAAUAGGACACGUUCUUCCUUCUAGAAUAAUAAAAUGCAGUUCGUUCUACAGUUGUGCGUUCUUUUAUUGUGUUUAGGGUGUAUCUUAGGUACAGCUGCACCGAGAAACUGUAAUUUACAAGCAGACUGUCAUAACAAUGAAUGUUGUUUAAGCAAUAACCCUCCACGAGGAAAACGAGCAAACAGCUAUGGACAUUGUGUACCAUUAGGACAUCACGGUGCUUCAUGUUAUGUAGGAUACGGAUCAGCCUCCACUCCUCCUGAUGCAGUAACAUAUGCAUGCCCAUGUCAAAGUCCAUUAAAAUGUGUUGGAAAACAGUUGAUUGAAGUUCCACUCGGUGAAAUUGGAACAUGUGGUUAAAAGGAUUAUGUUAAAUUCCUGAUAUGAUAUGACUAUAUAAUAGUUCUAACACUUGGUGUAUCGUUAUGAGACAGUGACUAAAUAUGUAUACGAUACUGAAACGUGAAUUAAAGUUAUUUAAAUUAA